AUGAACUACGCAACUGAACAGUUUGUACUGUUCACUGUUUAUUUAUUGGUGCUGAUCGGCUUCCAUGUGCAUGGCAUUCAUCGGAUACUGUACCACGAGGAACACAUCGGAAAUACCAAUCGAAUUUCGAAUAUAUUUUUAAGAGUUUCGAUAUGCCUCCUGAUUCUCGUCAACGCCCCAACAUUCAAUUUCUACUUCUUUAAAGAUAACUACGACUACGAGUACGUCUGGCAAGUGCAGCAAUGGCUGAAGCAGAACUACACCUUCUGCGUGGUCGUCGUUUUUGUCAACACGGCCACGCUCACUAUCCAUUUCCUAGCGGCCAUGGUCUGGUCGGUGCUCCAGAUAUAUCUUGUCAUCUUCAAAAAGGAGUGGAACGUCGUCCUUGACCUGCUGAUCGUUUUUGUUCCGAUCGCCCCGGCCAUAGGCCCCAUUUUCUACCUAUGCCCGCUCAAGCGCCUCCAGCUUCCGGGUUACGAUCCGGACGUUUAUGAGAUUCCUACGAAAGCCGGCAGCUACUUCAACUACUUUUGCGUCCCGAUGUUCCAAAUAUCGAUGUUGGUAAUGGCACUCUUACAAUUCUGCCAAAUCAUCGUCCACAUGCUGCGUCAUCGGAUGCUCGAAUGCAUCUGGCCCCUAAUCCGAAUCUCUGCCUGCGUUGGACUCUACAUCAUACACCGGAUAAUCUUCCUGCUCCUCAUUAACAUACCAACGUGUAAUACCUAUAUUUUUGCCGAUCCAUACGAGAUGGAAUACGUGUAUCAAAUGCAGGUCUGGCUCGGUCAGCACAGUUCGAUAUGCACCAUCAUCUUAUUCAUCAACGCUGGAAUGCUGACGGUUCAUUUUCUCGCUUUUAUGCUCUGGGCGGCUUUCCAUGGCUAUUUGACGGUUUUCAAGAAAGAUACACUAACCGAUGACCGCGACUCCAUGGCCAAAUACGCCGCUUUCGUCUGUGGCUACGCCGUAUUCCUAGUGCCGAUGGGGACCGGGAAGGACCUCUUUUUGACGGUUGUCUUCGCUGGGACCACGAUUGUGGUGGUCGGCACGGCGAUCAGCAUGUUCCAGAUCGUGUCCGACAUCUCCGACGGAGGUAACGUGGAGAACAUCGAGUCCGACCUCGUCCAAUUCCGCGAGACGGCCGAUGACGCCUGGGCCAAGAUGAUGCACUCGUCGAAGAAGAACCUGAUGCAGAGAUGGAAGAGAGCUGGAGGAUACAAUCAGCUAACGAUCGCUGCAGAGCCUGUCGUUUUCAGCAAUGUUUGGCUGCCGGGUUUCGGCCGGAAAAAGUCGGCCAAAGGUCGGAACGUAGGAAGAAAGGCCAAAAAUGCAGAAAAUGCCAUCGAGGUGCCAAAAUCUCCAGGAUUGCCUUCGCAGUUGAGGAUCACCAACGUCUCCCAUCCGUCGUAUUUCCAGCUACUUUUGCGCGUUCAGCCGGGCCGGUAUCUG